AUGUCUGAAUAUUGUUUUAUUUGUGCCAAACUUUUAACUGAAAGUGAAGUUGUUACUGUUGAACGUGGUAUGAAGACAUUAAUUAAUGCAAGUAUUGAAAGAGCAGAUGAAUUUUCUGAAUACCUUAAAAAUCAGAAAUCUGUGAGAAUACAUGAAAAUUGUCGUAAAAAUUAUACACGAAAGUCGUCUAUUGCUGCAGCUAAUAAAAGACAACGCAAAGAACAAGAAGCCAGUACAUCCACAGCUAGUCCUCCUCGUACUAGAUCACGUCUCACUGAUUCAGCUUUUUGUUUUAAAAAACUAUGCUUAUUUUGUGGCCAGGAAUUGAAUGAAGAGUAUGAGAAAAGAAAAUCCUCAGAUUUUCGCCGUCGAAUUAGCCAAGUAAGUACACUUCAAUUUAAAGAUUCAAUUCUGGAAGUAGCUCGGACUCGUGACGAUGCUAUAGCAAAAGCUGUUCUUGCUCGAAUCGAAUUUGAAUAUGAUUUAGUUGUUGCUGAAGCUAAAUAUCAUCAUGAUUGCUAUGUUUUUUUCUUGAAACCUUCCUCUGGAGCUAAAAUCGGUCGUCCUAAAGACGAAGCUGCGAAUCUGGCAAUGGAGGAAAUAUUUACUUACAUUGAAAAUAGCGAUGACUGUCAGUUCACUUUAAACGAAUUACAAAAUGUUUGCAAAACUACGACUUUAGAUAACAGAACGAUUAAGCUACGACUAAAACUAAAGUAUGGUGAUAAACUUAUUAUCACUGAGAAAUCGGGAGCAUCAACAUUUAUAUGCUUAGUAGAUAAUCAUCAUGAUGUUUUGAAUGAAGCCUGGUACGAAAAAAAGAAAAUGAAUAAAAAAGAAGAACGAUUCAGAGUCCUAGACGCAGCUGCAGCUAUCAUUCGCGAAGAUAUUCAAACCGCAGUGUUUGAUAAUUCUAACUACCCUCCACCAGGUCGCAUGUUUGAAGAUUUAAAUAAUGAAAUCCCAGAAUCGUUGACAUAUUUUGUGGAACGAGUGAUUUUAAAGAAUAAACGAUCAAAUUUAGAUCAUUUAAAAUUAAAAUGCACAAAUAUUUGCCAUAGUAUCAUGACUGCUGUUCGACCAAGGUCUUUUAAGUCUAAAUUACAAUUAGGCCUCGCAGUUUUUUUUCAUCGAAGGUUCGGGUCUAAACGUCUUAUACAAAUCUUUUCGUCUUUUGGUUUAUGUGCAUCUUAUAAUGAUACAAUAAUGUACGAGGCAGCAGCAGUUUUUCAUCGUCCUCCUCAUGUCCUACCACCAGAAACUGGCACACUUAUUCAAUACGUUGCAGACAAUGCUGAUAUUAAUGUAAAUACGCUAGACGGCAAUAACACGCUCCACAUAAUGGGUAUUAUUCAAAUUGUUACUCCAAAAAAUUCCGUUUUACUAGAAGAACCUCUGCCACGAAUAAAAGAAGCUCUUUCAGCAAAUUAUUUCCAGGCAAAAGCUCAUGUGCCGAUACAGAUGUAUCAAAAUAACUGUGUAGUAGGUUACAGUAAAAUAAAUGUUAAAGAUUUUGUUUAUGGAACUGAAACGGUAUCUUUCCUCAAAAAAGCUGAUGUAGUAUGGUUUUAUGGGAAAUGGAAAAAUGCGUCUUUACUCGGUUGGAAUGGUUUUAUUGAACGUUUAACAAAUAAUUAUAUGAAUUACUCCAAAUCUCAAAUUUCAUUUUUACCAUUUAUUCACCAACCAGCCAGUAACUAUAAUACUAUCUAUACGACUUUACUUUGUGCAUUAGAGAAUGCAAAACGGUAUGGCCACACUGUAUGCAUCGUGACUUUCGACCAGCCCCUGUAUGCUAAAGCCCGAGAAAUUGUAUCAGCCGCACCUGAGGGCUCUGAAGAAUCAAAAAUCAUCAUCAGACUCGGAGGAUUUCAUCUACUGAUGUCCUUUCUGGGAGCAAUUGGUCAUAUUAUGCAAGGAAGCGGCAUAAAAGAAGUACUCGCAGAGAUCUAUGCGGUAAAAUCAUUAGAAAAAAUGCUCAAUGGUCAUGCUUACGCAAGAGCUGUUCGAGCUCAUACACUACUUCAGCUUACUUUAGCAAUUAUAAUAUUAAAAGAAGUUGAAAUUAAUGACAUCAUGGAUGCAGAUCUAAUCAUAAAUAUCGAGCAUAUAUUAGAUAACACUCUUUCAUACAAUGAUAUUGAAAAUGAUGAUGAAGUAUCUGCAGCUUUACUUAAUAAAUUGAAUCAAAAACUAAAAACAUAUGAGGAACGAGGACCAACUGCAAAACUUUGGAUUCAAUAUUUUCAUAUGGUUUCCAUUGCUAAAGAGUUCCUAAGAGCUGAGCGUAUGGGGGAUUGGAAAGCUCAUUUAAAUUGCGUCAAAGAAAUGCUUCCUUAUUUUCACGCAUCUGGACAUUUUCCUUAUGCAAAGUCUGCACACCUUUACUUGCAGGAUAUGCAACAAUUACAGAAUUUGAUAGAUCCUGAAGUUUACGAAAAAUUUUCAAAAGGAUUUUUCACAGUUAGACGUUCAGACAAAUUAAGUUGUGGAACUUCAACGGACAUGGUAAUCGAGCAGUCUAUGAUGAAAGCUAUGAAGACAGAUGGAGGUAUUGCUCGAGGGAGAAGUACAAAAGAGAGCGUCAUAAGUAAAUGGGUUUAUAGUAUGCAUGCUAUGAAUACAGUUUGUGAAAAAUUAGAAGAUCUCGCUAAUGUUAGGAUGGAUACGACCGAGCAACAUGUUGAUGCAAGUGAUUCACGAAUAAAAAAAGAUGCUAAAGAUAAACGAAAACUUUUAGAGUGGUUCUCAACGCAUGAUCCUUUUCCAGAGGUUAACAAAAUUGUUUCAAUUGCGAGUGGUAUCGUUGGUGAUGAUAAAAUUAAUUGUUAUAAAGCUCGUGAAGUUGGACUUGCUUCUAUGGCAAAAAUGACAGGACUGACAUUCAAUAAUAUUAAAUUAAAACGCGCUGACAAAGUUGUUCCUCUUUUAGCUAUGACUAGUACCAUAAAAGUUCAUGAAGAAAAAGUACCUGUUGAUCCAGUAUUAUUGUUCCAACGCAUGAGUAUUACUGCAGCAUUUCAAGAUGAAAUAGAAAAAUAUUUUGAAUAUGAAUUAGCUCCCUACCCUUUAUCGUUGUUUGAUGACAUCGGGAUGCGUAAAACACAGAAGUCUGCCAUUUACGAUUGUUUUGAAAAUGUAAAUAUUGAUAUUAACCACACUAAUGCGACAUACAUCAUUGACGGAGGAUACUUACUACACCGCGUUGUGUGGGAUAGCGAAGAAACAUUCAACGUUAUCUUAGAUAAAUACGUUCAGUAUGUACGUCGACAUUUUGGUUCCACAGUUACUGUCGUAUUUGAUGGCUAUAAUGAUUGCACGAGAAAUAUCAAAGCUGCAGAACAACGUCGUCGAACUUUAGCAACAUCUUCAUCUUCUGAUAUUUUAUUUGAUGAACUUAUGACAGUUCCAACCACUCAACAGAAAUUUCUUACAAAUACUCACAACAAAAAUACUAAAAGUAAAAAACAAGUUCAAUUAUCUUGUCUUCCCCCAACCUCAGUUGCUGCUCAUCAACAUCUUUUUCGGGUAUAUUACCAAGUUCAAGUGUGGCUUGGUUAUCAGCUAGACCCUACAGACUGGGGUUGGAAGUUGGUCAACAACACAUUAGAACCAGUUCAAACUUUACUCCCACCUGCGCCGGAUAAACUGCUGAACACUAUUUUUUGCAACUGCAAAAAGGGCUGCAGUGCUAAAUGUGGUUGCAAAAAAAUCGGACUGUUUUGUUCUCUGGCAUGUACGAAUUGUGAAGGCCGGUCGUGCUCUAAUGUUGAAUCACCAACAGUGGAGGAUUCAUUUGAUUCCAACGAGCCAGCCACAUCUAUUACCUCGCGCGACGUCAAUGCAGAGCUCAUAAAUUAUGCAGGCUAUAGGCUAUUAAAUCUGCUUCUGGACGGAUGGAAUCAAUCAUUCGAAUAUCUACGAAUCACACGUGAUGACUUCUCGUUAGCGUUGCUUGUUUUAAACUCGGCUACGCUUUAA